AUUAGAAUACCCACAAGUACGCCGCAUUGCAGGGACACACACAUACACGCACAGUCACCAGGAUGCAAAAGUAGUUCCUCCAAGGCAAGAAGAAAGGCAAGGCUUGCUUUGCACCAGGCCGCUCCAGGACACACUACCACCAUCCCAAUCAGUAGAAGAGAGAGUGAGAGUGAGUGAGACAAGCCAAAUCAAAUUAAGGGCAACAACAAGAGCCAAGAACACCGUAGCCAACCGUAUCAUAUAAACCAAACCAAAGCCCAGCAGCAGUGCACAUAAGAACAGAGCAGGAGCAGGAGAAGGAGCAGGAAGAACCUGAGCAGGAGCAGGAGCAGGAGCAGGAGCAAGAUGAACGGCAUGUACUACCCUCAGCGUUUCAGCAACAUGAUGAUCGGCUACCUCAACCUGGCCACGCUCCUGGCCUCCAUCCCGGUCAUCGGGGCGGGGCUCUGGCUGGCCAAGGGCUCCACGACGACGUGCUCGUCCAUGCUGCAGACGCCGCUGCUCAUCAUCGGCUUCAUCGUGCUCCUCAUCUCCCUCGCGGGCUUCGUGGGCGCCUGCUUCCACGUCGCAUGGGCGCUGUGGCUCUACCUCUUCGCCGUGAUACUCCUCAUCGGCAUGCUGCUCGGGCUCACCAUGUUCGGGUUCGCCGUCACGGCGGGGGGCGGCGGCACGCAGGUGCAGGGGAGGCCGUACAGGGAGUACCACAUCUCGGACUACUCCUCGUGGCUCCAGAAGCAUAUGCAGGACAUCAAGUACUGGAAGCCCGCACUGGCCUGCGUCGUCGGGUCCAAGGCCUGCCCCAAGAUCGCCAACUGGACUCCCAUGGAUUACCUCCAGCAUGAUCUCACGCCAAUACAGUCUGGAUGCUGCAAGCCACCAACAUCAUGCACAUACAGCGGGGGGAUGCCGGUCGGAGCGCAGGACGAGGACUGCUACCAGUGGAACAAUGCCCCAAACAUCCUGUGCUACCAGUGUAACUCGUGCAAGGCCGGCGUGAUGGAGCAGGUGCGCCAGGACUGGCACAAGAUCUCCGUGCUAAAUGUCAUCGUGCUCGUCUUCCUCAUCUGCAUCUGCGCCUGCGGGUGCUGCGCCUUCAGAAACGCCCGCCGCUCCGUCUCCGAGUACCCAUACGGGGUAAACCGCAUGUCCAAGAUCAAUCCACGCUGGGACUACUACUGGUGGCGAUGGUUCCGCGAUAGGAGGGAACAGAUGUACUAGGCUAGCUAUCGGAACUCAACUCAUGUAUAAUAUUUUCUUGAUGGUAAAUGGCCAAGGGGUUGGUUCAGUAGCACUCUGGUAGUGACCAAUAAUUAAUCUUCUGUAGAUAUUCAGUAUGAGGAAAGUACAAGAUGGUGAAGUGGAAGGCAUGUGUAGUUUAUCCAGUAUUGGUAGAAUGCUUUGCAUUUGAAGCAUAUUUAGUUAGAGAAUUCAGAAGAGAAGAGAUUUCUUGUCUAUGGUGGGAAAUCCAGUCAGCUAUAUAUAUAUGACCAUAUCAGCACAUGUACUGUUGGUGUGACUUCUAUUUCC